GUCUCUAAUCUCAUCUCAUCAUCUAACAAAAAGAAAAAAUGUCUAAUGCUAAUAAAACAGGUGACAAAGAAAAACAAGUAAAUUUGGGUGCUGCCUGUUUUAGAUGCAGAGGAUUUAGACAUGCUUGUGAUCGAAAGAAACCUAAUUGUACACGUUGUCAAAGAAGAGGAAUUAAUUGUGUUUAUCCGGAAGCAGCUCCAACUCUCAAAAAAUUACAAAAGGCAACAGAAACUUUAGGAGAUAGAAUUAAAAAGUUAAAUGAUCGACUCAAGUCAACAGAGAUUGUAGCCCCUAUGUUGUGUUAUCAGCAGCAGCAGCAACAACAACAACAUUCAACUACAAGAUGUAAAAUAGACUUGGGGAAUAAUACAUCAAGUUUAGAUAAUGAUGAUCUAUUAGAGGAACCACCUUAUAAAAGAAAGAUAAGACUUAAUACAAAAGUAGCAUCUACAAGUAAUUUUUCUGUAUAUCCUUGUACAAAAUGCUUUAAAGAUUUACAGCAAUGUGAUUUGACAUUUCCAAAGUGUAGUCGUUGUAAGAUGAACAAUUUCGACUGUGAAUUCAAGAAGUCUGAACCUAAAGCAAAUCAUAUAUCCCAAGUAUUACAUACAAUGAAUAAAAUGAUGGAUCAAUGGCAGGAUUCACUUGAUCGUAUGGCAAAAGAUUUUGCUCAAAAGACAAAGGAUUUUUCUACAAGAACCAAUCAAUCUCUAAAAAUAAAACCAAUACAGCAACAAACAGUGUGGAAAAUUAUUAGUACAAAAAAGGGUUUAUCAGUUGAAAGUAAUGUUAGCUCUUAUAAUGAUUUAUCUACUCUUGUGGAUCAAUUUCAAUGUUCAAUGUCGACACUAUCAUCAAAUAACUCUUCUUUAUUAAAUACUCAUAAAGGAAAGGAAGAGGAAAUUGCAAUAGAAUUUGAUGAUACUCAAUCUAUUCGUACUGCUUCUUCUGGAUUUGCUAUAUGGGAUUCAUGGGCUCAUUCCAAUUAUACCAUACCUCAAGGCUAUCCUAUUGAUAUUUCACCAGAAUUAACAGAUAAUUUAGUGGAUUUAUAUUGUCGCGCACAUUGCUGUUCCACUGUUCGUCUUCCGAUUAUAGAUACAUCUAAUUUCUUACUUCGUUAUCGAGAUCCUAAUCCUGAAAAAAGGCCAGCUAAAGUUUUAAUUUAUGCAAUCUGUUCUAUGGCUGCUAGAAAUGCGUUUCAGUUACAUGUUUGGAGCAAACAACCUUCAAGUGAUGUACCCCAUUAUAAUAUGGGUAAGGCCUUAUCAGUCGCUUAUUGUCUUCGUGGUCGUGAACUGUUAUCUGAAUGCUUUGAUGAACCUACUUUAGAACAUUGUCAAGCCGCAUUUUUAUUAUCGUAUUGUAAUUAUCAAAAUGGUUAUCCCAAUGUUAUUUAUUUUUAUGAAUGGAUAGCUUAUAAUAUGGCUCAAGAAUUAGGCCUUUAUGAUACAAAUCGUGUUUUAACGCGUUAUGAAUCUAUGCUUAUCUGGUGUAUUUAUUACUUCAAUGCUUGGUAUAAAGUACUCCAAGGGAAUAAAGGUACUGGUUCUGCUGGAUUGAGCCAAUGUAGACCUCCUCUUGAAUCUAUUCCUUGUACUUUAUCUAUUCCAGAAACUGGUUUAACUGAAACAGAUAAUAAAGAAUCUGAUGCAGCCAUUAUUGAUUAUUAUGCAUGGAAUUCAUGGGUAUACAUUAUUCAUUUACAAAUCCUUCGUGAGCAAACAAUGUCUGUUCUUAUGACUGGCAAUACUGAUUCAAUGAAUCAACCUAAAGAACUAUUAGCUAUGCAGAAGAAGCUUGAAGAAUUUAAUCAAAGUCUUCCAGAAGAAUGGCAAUCACUUGACUUGGAUUUAUUUAACAAUGCUAACUUAUUCAAUCAUAGUGGGUCACCAUUUUCAUUUUCUUCAUCUUCUUCUUGCUGCUCUCCACAAUCACCUUGUUCCGAAGUUGGUCAACAAGACAUACAAAAGACAGAUGAUAACGAGAAAACGUAUUUUAGUAUUGACGUCAAAUCAUUUUCACACUAUUGUAUUAAUAUGGUUAGUCUCUGUUACAACAUAAACCGAAUCUUAUUAUACCAACCUUUUGCACCUAUGGAUCGUGUACCCAGUACACCUUUAUCUGUACAAAGUUUAAAAACUAGUCUUAAUGCAGCAAAUAAUAUUACUCAAAUUAUUGAAGCCAUGGUUCAACAACGUGAAAAUUGUCAUAUUCCAAUUAUGGUUUUAUUAUUUGCUAAUAUUGUAUAUAGAAAACUUAUGAGUUAUAAUACCAAUAAGGAUUACUAUGAAAUUGGUAGAAUGGGUCUACUUCAUUGUUUAGAUAUCUCAAAAUCGUCUAUCUCGUAUACUUAUGACUUUGAAAUGGCACGUACUUUAGUUGACGUGAUGGAAAAAGAAAUACAACAUAAUAUGAAUACAAUUAAACCUACUAUUACUACUACUACAACUACUACUAUAGAUUAUUUAACCUCAUCCGAUAUUUAUUCUUCUUCGCAACUACCUUCUAUUACUACACCUAUUAUUUAAUAUAUGAACGAUGGACUGUAUGGAUAUAAUAAGUAAAAGCUAAUACGAUAAUAGUAGUCACUAUUAGAUUAUACAUUAUAUAUUUAUGUACUCAUCAUAUACAUCUAUUUAUUAAUCAUCACAAAUGUUUAACGUAACCAUAUAUCACUCUAAAUAAUUAAUUUUACACACUUAAUAAUCAUUUACCC